CAUAGAAGAAGGAAACGUCAUCCUCCCGGAAGUGUGCAUUUGGUAUGAAAAUAAAUCUACGCGCGAUUAUACAUAGCUAACGUUACUUGCAGGUCACAGUUUCUGAAUUAUUUUCUCACUUUUAGUUUAGCGAAUCAAAACUGUAAGAAACUAACUACUCCUUAUCAAGAACUGUCAUCAUGGCCAAUUUGAAUGAAGCUGAUUUACCACCAAAUCUGACUUGCCUCAAAAAUGUUGAUACCAUUCUCCGAUGUCCCAUUUGUUUCGAAUUCCUGAGUAUCGCAAUGAUGACCAAAUGCUCUCACAACUUCUGCUCUUUGUGCAUAAGAAAAUUUCUGUCCUACAAAUUACAAUGUCCAGUAUGCAAUUCACCUACAACAGAACAGGACCUAAGAAACAACCGGAUACUGGAUGACCUGGUCACAAACUUUAAAUCUGCAAGACAGCAGUUGUCAAAUGCUAAUUUUGACUCGCCUCCAAUAUCCCGGAAGGCCCCGGCCUCAUCUGUCAAGUGUAAAAAACCUAGACAGACAACGGCCCCCAAGAAGGAGGCCUCCAUCUUCAAUCACUUUUUCCGAAAGGGGCCCACCACCUCCACAACUUCUCUCACUACAGAGGCCACGCCAGCACAGCAACCUAUUCCAUGCAGAAAGAGACUGUCUGACACUCCUCUACGUAGCCAAACUGUGAAGGAGGGCCCCCGUCCUACACAGACUGUGAAAGUAGUCCCUGAUCAUCAGGUCUCUGUGAAGGAGGAGCCCAUUGAGGACAUACCACCCCAGGUGCUGGUGUCUGUAAAGAUGGAGAAGAUUGACUUCUCCAUGACAGGGCUGGCGUCCCUGGCUGAUUCACAGUCCUCAUCACAGGACCUGAAGCCUCUAGUUAAAGUGGAGUGUCCUGUGUGUUCUGUGGGCAUCCUUGAACAGUUCAUCAACAAGCACCUGGACAGCUGUCUGACCCAAGGGGAAAAGAAGGAGAGCCUUAGGAGCUCCCUAGGUGCCAAGAGGAAGCCGAUGAGGAAGCUGGUAUACACACUGCUGUCUAUGCAGGAGCUGAAGAAGAGGCUGAAGGAGUGCCACCUCUCUGCCCAGGGCACGAGAGACCAGCUGGUCAGGAGGCACCAGGACUUUGUACACUUCUACAAUGCCCAGUGCGACGCCCUCGAACCGAAAUCAGCCAAAGACAUCGCCAAAGAAGUGGAGGCCAACGAGAAGGCCAGGAACCAACUGCAGGGGAAAACCAAAUGUGCUAUGGUCUUCUCUAAGAACCAAAGUCUGGGGCAAAUCGAUGAGAUGCAUUCAACUUACAGGAAGCAGCAUAACAGUGAGUUCUCCCGCCUUAUCGCCCAGGUCCGGGGUCGCCUGGAGACUGCGAGGACGAGGGAGAUAAAGCAGGAAGUGAGGGAUGAGGGAGGAGAGGAGGACCAGGGAGUGGGCUCCAGCUCUGCAGAUAAGGCAGCACAACAGGAACAGAGUGAUCCCAGCCUCAGUGACUCAGAGGCCUGCUGCGUAUUGAUGACAUCACCAGUGGAGGAGCCCUCUGAGAAGCAGCAGCAGCCUUCUGUUGUAGCGGUCAUCUCCAGGUCACCCAGCCCAUGUCUCAGUGAGGUGUCCAUCAGCAGAGUUUUGGAGAACGCCUCGAGUGGGAAACGGGCUUCCUGCUCCAAGGAGGAAGACUCUUCUCUGCCACUUGUCCUGGGAAAACGACCCCGGAAAACCUGGGAAGAGGACAGGAAGGAGUCGAGCUGAACUCUGUUAAACGCCUUCACCUUUAUCUAAUUUCUUUAAGCAAAUGUUUAGGGUAUAGCAUGUUAAGCAAUACAUUUUAUUUGUCAUUUUAUAACUUGGUUGUUCCACCAAUUAGAUACAUUUUGAGUGGUGAAACUUGUUGGAGAAAAACCCAGUUUAUUUCACCUAAUUGUAACAUUCUGUCAUAAAGAGCACAUAUGUGAAAUUAUGUUUUUAACACUGUAUAAAAGUAGAGACUCAGAGCUACAAAAUGGUAUAUCAUACACUGCAUUUUUGAGGAACAAAGGGAAAGUAAUUCUGCUUUGAAACUUGAUAAAUUUUCACCUCGCUUUUGAGAAAAGGACUUUUGAAUGUUUUGGUACCUACUGGAGACCUCUCCUUUGUCCAUACCCAUUCAGCAUUGUUCAGACCCUGUUAAGCCAGCCCCACCCAUCUCUUUAAGGAUUCACAUGUGAGGUCAUGUGCUAAACAGUGAGUAGUGUAGUAAAGAUUAAGAUGUAAAGUAGUAGCCUACGAUAAGGAAAAAUUCCAGGUAAACAGAAAGUAAAAAUAUUUUAUAAAUAUUAGAUUACGCUUACCCAGACACACUUGUCUAAAUGGAUGGGUCAUGUGAAAGAACUUCUAUAAACCCCAGCCACAUCCAGUGGUGGGAAAAGUACUAAAUGGUCAUACUUGAGUAAAAGUAAAGAUACCUUAAUAGAAAAUAACUAAAGUAAAAGUCAGCCAGUAAAAUACAACUUGAGUAAAAGUCUAAAAGUAUUUGGUUUUAAAAAAUACUGAAGUAUCAAAAGUAAAUGGAAUUGCUCAAAUGUACUUAAGUAUAAAUAAAUAAAGGCAGCACAAUUUUUUAUAAAAAUUUAAAAAAAUAUUGACAUAAUACAAACAAAGCAUUUGUGUUUAAAGUGUCUGCCAUAUCAGAUGCAGUUGGGAUGACCAGGUAUGUUCUCUUGAUAAGUGUAUGAAUUGGACAAUUUUCCUGUCAAAAUGUAACGAGUAAUUUUGGGUGUCAGGGAAAAUUUAUGGAGUAAAAAGUACAUUAUUUUCUUUCGGAAUGUACUGAAGUAAAAGGGAAAGUUGCCCUAAAAUAUAAUUAGUAAAGUACAGAUACCCCCAAAAAUACUUAAGCAGUACUUUAAAGUAUUUUUACUUAAGUACUUUACACCACUGGCCACAUCUUUCUAAGUGGAUGGGUCUCCACAGAAGGUGUAAACGGUACAGCCAAAUGGUUACUUGCAUUGCAGAAAUAUAUAUAUAUAUAUAUAUAUAUAUAUAUAUAUAUUAUUUCACCUUUAUUUAACCAGGUAGGCCAGUUGAGAACAAAUUCUCAUUUACAACUGCGACCUGGCCAAGAUAAAGCAAAGCAGCGUGACACAAAAAACACAGAGUUACACAUGGAAUAAACAAAGGUACAGUCAAUAACAAUAGAAAAGUCUAUAUACAGCGUGUGCAAAUUAAGUAAGAUUAGGGAGGUAAGGCAAUAAAUGGGCCAUAGUGGUGAUAGCAAUAAACACUGGAGUGAAAGAUGUGCAUAAGAUGAAUGUGCAAGUAGAGAUACUGGGGUGCAAAGGAGCAAAAAAAUAAAUAACAAUAUGGGGAUGAGGUAGUUGGGUGGGCUAUUUACAGAUGGGCUAUGUACAGGUGCAAUGAUCUGUAAGCUGUUCUGACCGCUGAUGCUUAAAGUUAAUGAGGGAGAUAUGAGUUUCCAGCUUCAGUGAUUUUUGCCAUUUGUUCCAGUCAUUGGCAUCAGAGAACUGUAAGGAAAGGCGGCCAAAGGAGGAGUUUGCUUUGGGGGUGACCAGUGAAAUGGAGGUGGAGGUCCAGCUCGCGUGGUUACUCGUUGGCUGCGGUAAAACAACAUUGGAGGCUUAUGGUUGAGAAAUUAACAUUCAAUUCUCUGGCAACAGCUCUCGUGGACAUUCCUGCAGUCAGCAUGCCAAUUGCACACUCCCUCAAUUUGAGACAUCUGUGGUGUUGUGUGACAAAACUGCACAUUUUAGAUUGUCCUUUUAUUGUCCCCCAGCACAAGGUGCAACUGUGUAAUAAUGAUCAUGCUUUUUGUUUCUUGAUAUUUCACAACUGUCAGGUGGAUGGAUUAUCUUGGCAAAUGAGAAAUGCUCACUAACAGAGAUGUAAACAAAUUUGUGCACCACAUUUUAGAGAAAUACACUUUUUUUGUGCAUAUGAAA